CUUCAUAGGAGCAGCGGGCAGAGUUAGCGGCGGAGAAAUAUUCAGUCGGGUGUGUUUGACACCGAAAGUGAAUGAGCGGAGGGGGGAAGUGUGCUAAACACUGGUUAAACUUAUGAAAACGACCUGAGGAGGAUCGCUGGAGGAAAAACCAUCACUGAUCCACCCUCGGAGGAAAGUUUGGAUCGGUGAGUGGAUGCUCUUGUGUUGCUCUUUUCUGAUUACACGUUUUGCCAACACAUCCCCUGGUCCACUGGUGACGUCUUCUAACAACCAUCACCAUGGGUGAAAUGGAGCAACUGAGAAAGGAGGCAGAGAGCCUCAAAGAUCAGAUCAACGCAGCUCGCAAGGCUGUGCAGGACACCACUCUGCAGGAGGCUGCAGCUAGCGUCUCUGUGGUGGGGCGAGUCCAGAUGAAGACCAGAAAAACCCUUCGGGGUCAUCUCGCUAAGAUCUACGCCAUGCACUGGGCCACAGACUCAAAGUUGUGUGUCAGUGCCUCACAGGAUGGAAAGCUCAUAGUAUGGGACAGCGUGACAACAAACAAGGUGAACGCCAUCCCCCUGAAGUCAUCUUGGGUGAUGACGUGUGCUUACGCACCUUCAGGAAACCUUGUGGCGUGCGGCGGGCUGGACAACAUGUGUUCCAUCUACAACCUCAAGGGCAAAGACGGGAACGUCAAGGUGAUGCGUGAGCUGGCGGCACACACAGGUUACCUGUCCUGCUGUCGUUUCAUCAGCGACACUGAGAUCAUCACCAGCUCAGGCGACUGCACUUGCAUACUGUGGGACAUUGAGACGGGGACCCAAAAGACUGCUUAUGCUGGACACCAAGGAGACUGCAUGUCCCUGGGCGUUUCCCCAGACUUUAAGUUUUUCAUCUCAGGGGCGUGUGACUACACAGCUAAGCUGUGGGACAUCAGGGAGGGCACGUGCAGACAGACCUUCUCCGGCCACGAGAGUGACGUCAACGCCAUUGGGUUUUUCCCUAACGGUAACGCAGUGAUAACCGGAUCUGAUGAUGCAACCUGUAAACUCUUUGACCUGCGAGCCGACCAGGAGCUUAUCACCUACCAGGACUCCAGCAUCAUGUGCGGGGUGACCUCCCUGGCCCCUUCCCUCUCUGGGCGGCUGAUACUGGCCGGCUACGAUGACUUCAAUGUAAACAUCUGGGACACACUUAAAGCUGAGAGAGUGGGAGUUCUGGCCGGUCACGAUAACAGAGUGAGCUGCAUCGGUGUGUCUGCAGACGGCAUGGCGUGUUGCACAGGAUCCUGGGACAGCUUCCUCAAGAUAUGGAACUGAAGCCGUUCCUCCGUUGCGAGCAGAAACAUAAAAGAACAGCUAGCAACCGCUCAGAAAAAAGUGAAGAUUUCUUUUUAAAACGUUACGAUGAGAAGAUGGUAUCUUUGCUGUGCCAAGUCCAGUCUAAGGCUGGAGAAGGAGUGUAAGAUUUUCUCUUCUCCCUGUUAUCUUGCACGCUCACCUUUCUUCUCACGUCAUGGGGCAAUUCGGGGUAGAACAAAGGAGUGGGAAUCUCAGAAAAAAUCUAUGUAUCAUUAGUAAUUCUGUGGUUUGCACAGAUGAAAGAUGCAGUUUCAUUGCAGCAAUUCAAAAAUCACCCAACAGUUGCCAAAUAGAAAUGGUAAAACGAUAAGACAGUCGGUUUAGACACAACUGUUUUGUUCUAGAUAAAAUCACAAGAUGCAUCAUGUGAGAACUCACAUUAAUAUUUCAGAGUAUGACUUAUUUGCUUGUUCUUGUAGCUUCCUUAGAUCUUUUCACCCUUUUAGACAUUUGAAAGUUUUAGUUUGCAUGCAUCUGCAUUAGUGUUUGUUUUGUGACUGAUGGACUUUUUUAAAGCAGGAUUUAGGAUCACAAUUGGGCCUAAACCCUCAGUAGUUAGAGCUGCAGCGGACAGACAGAUGGGAUGAUGAACAGGACCACUGAGCACUUACUAAAACCUGUCCCAGGACAGGUCUUCUACAUAGAUUACCGUGUGCAUGAGUGGCACGUUUAAAAGGAUUCUUCCUUUUUCUUCUGCAAAACAGCUGAACUUGAAUUUUGUGUACAUAGAAAAUUUUAAUUUGAGCUGCAUGUUUUCUGAAACCUCAGUGUACUAAAUAAAAUCAAAUAAACAUGGAUUUCUGCUUU